AUGAGAUGGGGGGUUUCCCCCUAUAACAUUAUGCAUUCACAGGAUGUGCCUCCUAAGCAUUAUAGGCACGAUGAAGGGGCAAAGAAAGAAUGCACUACUGUAGGCAGCAAGAAAAGGAGUCCGCCUGAAGGAUGUCGGAAGUCUGCACGAGACAUCUACCUCGUCGUAGCUAAAUUUUUUGUUUGCGUUUCUUUAGCAUGGAUGCUAUGCACGCCAAGCAAUUGCCCUGUGUGUAUAACGCCGAAUGAGGAACACCAUUCAGGGAGCCAACCACAAUUUCCAUCGGAGGGACGAUCAUUAUCUUCAUUUGGAGUGGCAUAUGAUGGGAGCAGAGAUUCUCUGCGCAGUAAGAUUAGCGACUCCUUGUGUGAUGGAAGUGCUGAUUCGUUGCUGAGUGGAAGUACCUGUUCGUUGCUGAGUGGGAGUUUCUCUUCACUGUUUAACGGAAGUACCUCUUCCUUGCUGAAUGGAAGUACCUCUUCCUUGCUGAAUGGAAGUUCCUCUUCCUUGCUCAAUGGAAGCACCGACUCGCUGCAGCACGAUGCAACCAGAGACAACCCACACUUAACACUGUACUACAGAAUAGCCAACUCAAAGAAGCUAAAGCAGCUGGUCGACUACAUCUCAAGCAGGUUAAUGAAAAACAGAAUUUGUAGAAAAAUUAUGGACAAGGUAAAAAAAGUAUGGAAAAGUAAGCCGAUGAAAGUAGUCAGAUUUGUGGUCCCCUUUUUGCCAUUGGUUACCAUGAUGGUGGCGUCGGUUACCACAUUAUGCAUGGGAUUGAGUACACAAGCUAUUUUCAUAGCCAUUUUUGCCCCCUUUGCUUACCCAUUUAUUUUUAUAUCGUUAAGAACGGAUGGAAAAUACGUGGAAAAAGAAAAGGGGAAAAAAUCUACCUAUAAAUGA